AUGGUGUUCAAAUCAUUGACACUUUUUGCCCGCAUCCGUGGUCCAGAUGAAUUUUGGCGUAAAAGAAAAAUAUUCAAAUUGGCUGCUCACUUUUACGGCCGGAGAAGAAAUUGUUACUCAAUAACAAUCAAAGGGAUCCAUAAAUCUCUUAUGUUUUGCUUCAGAGGUAGAAAACUAAGACGUCGUCAGAUAAGUGAUUUAUGGAAUACGAGACUAGAAGCAGCAUGCCUUCAACACGGAAUUUCACCAAAAAUAUUAAAAGAAGGAUUAUCAAGGAAUGAAAUGUUUUUAAACCGCAAAGUACUCGUGGAUUUAGCAAUCUGGGAACCAAGAACAUUUAAGUCGUUAGCUAAAAUAGCGUGGUCAAGGUGUAAAAUCGAUGGAUUAAAUGACGUCCAACAUUUGAAUCUUCCUACGGGUGUUAUUACCCGCGGAAUGCUUAAAUAA